AUGGCGGGCAACGGCAGCCCCAAGGCCUGGAACUCUGCGCCCGGCAGCGCAGGGGUCACCUCAACCGCUGGUGGCACGGCAUCCGGCCUGGGUGGUGGCGGUGGCUCCUGCCUGCCCGUCAUCGCAGUUACCAAAACCACCAGCACGCCCAGCAUCACGACUGCUAUCGGCGCAACGGCAACCUACAGCAUCAACCUGAGCAAUUCCGGCGGCGGGGCCGCGAGCGUCUACAUACUUGACAGGGGCCUGCCGCCCGGUUGGCUGUACACCAGUACGCCGGCGACCACCUACAGCUACAGCCCAUCCCCAGGCGCUGGCGGACUGACUGCCGGAGCAUCUGGCGCAGAAGUAACGACGACCAUUUUGUUGAACCUGCCCGUCGACACCCUCGCCACUGCAAACUCGAUCUCGGCGGUCAACCUUCGUGCCGCAGCGACAGCACCAGGCAGCGCCACGACAACUGCGGUCAACACGCCCACCUUCGGCAGUUUUUACCUGGCCAGCGCGGGCAGCGUCACGGUGACGUUUGCCGUGACCAUUCCCAAUACGGCGACGGUGGGCACUUACCAUAAUCCGGCAGGUGUCGUCUUUCUGGACCCCACGCGCACCAGUUCUGUUGUACGAAUGGUCAGCCCCGCCACAGCGGUCAACGCAAACCGGGCAGGUGCGGCUUACAGCAGCAACACCACCUAUGCGAGCGGCGCCACUGCCAAUGUGGGCGGCAGCAAUUACAGCGGCCUGGCCGCCGGGCCCACGACGGAUGACGUCACGCUGCUGCCCGACCUGUCGGUCACCAAAAGCAUGAACACCCCGACCUUCACGAUAGGAACUGGUUCACUGAGCUAUGUCAUCGUGGGCCGCAACAACGGCCGUCCCAUCGCUGACCAGGUGUAUGCCAACACCCAGGCAACUGCGCAGUCGGCGACCACCAUCAUGUCCACGCCGCUUUCCAUAACGGACACGCUGCCAAUUGGCAUGACGCUGACCUCAGUCGCAAAUACGCCGACAGUCUGGACCUGUACGGCCAACGCGACCAGCACCACGUUGACAUGCUCCGCCAGUGCAGGGGUCUACCCCAUGGCAGCAGCUACCAACCUGGUGACAGUCACCGCCACAGUUGCCGUAUCGUCGCUGGCAUGUCCCGGCCCUCGCAUCAACACGGCCACCUUCACGACUUCACCUUUGGGUGAUGCCGUGCCCGGCAACAACACCGGCACCGUUACCACGCCGAUCAACUGCAGCGCGAACAUGACGGUUGCCAAAGACGAUGGCAGGACCACUGUCACAGCGGGCGGCACGACCAGCUAUACGGUGACCUUCGCCAAUCUCGGCCCCGCAACAGGAGAUGGCGCCCUGUUGACGGAUACGCCCAGCGCAGGCUUGAGCUGCUCGGUUGCAAGUUGCACGCCGACUGGCGCAGGUGUUUGUCCGGCAUCGGGCUUGUGGCCCAACCUGCUGGGUGGGGGCCUCACGCUGCCCGCUUUCGCAUCGGGGUCGACACUCACGUUUGUUACUUUCUACCGCCGCUGCCUCAUAACGCUUGCGCUGCUUCUUUGCAGCGCCACUACGCUUGCACAGACCUGCGCCCUGCCGGGGUGGAACGGGCCUGCAACAAUUACCGGUGGCGUCAACUUCAUCAACGCCUACUACGGCGGCAGUGGCAGUCCUGCAGCCGGUGCGAGUACGAUCAACAUUGUCUCUGCCACAGCGGCGCGAAGCAACAAUCACGCGCUUGUGGCGGGCGACAUGAUCCUCAUCAUGCAGAUGCAGGAUUCGACCAACGGCGCAAAUGCAGGCAAGCACGAGUAUGCGCAGGUCGCGUCCAUCACCGGUACCGCCAUCACACUGACAAGGCCGCUGACCAACGCUUAUGCGCAGGUCAUGAAUGCCACCAAUGUGCGCAACUGGCAGGUGAUCUGGGUUCCGCAAUAUUCAGCGCUCACGGUCACGGGUUCGGUCAAGGCCGACACCUGGACCAUCGUGCCAGGCACCGGCGUGGCCACAGGUGGCGUCAUCGCCAUGGACGUCGCGGGCAGCAUGACGCUCAACGGCACCGUUACCGCAGCAGGCCAGGGCUUUCGGGGUGCCUAUGCCUUCAACGGUUCGGGCAACAUCGCGGCAGGCGCGCCAACCACUGACAACGUGGCCUACAGCACGACCACCGUUGCAGCAAGCAUCAAUGGCGGCCAAAAGGGAGAAGGCAGCAUGGGCACGCCACCCCGGGUCUUCGCGGGCACUGUCCUGCCCGUGACCUACACCGCGCUCCUGAACCAGGGGUACACGCUGGGUGCGGGUGGCCAGGCAUCCAUAGGCAAUGCCGGCGGUGCACAUACGGCCGUUCCCGCAUUGCCUGGUGCAUUUCCGGUCAAUACUUUUAUCGCCGCCAAUUCGAUCACUACAGUCAGCCUGCGUGCCGCAGCUACCGCACCGGGCGAUGUGCCCGCCACAGGCGACAACACACCGACAUUCGGCAGCUUCUACCUGCCCAGCGAAGGCAGCCUGACCAUCAACUUCACGGUCAAUAUCAGCAACACAUCCACUGUCGGCACCUAUCACAACCCGGCCGGGGUGAGUUUUCUCGAUCCCACCCGCACCACCACUGCCGUGCGCAUGGUCAGCCCUGCAACGAAUGUCAAUGCCAACCGGGGUGGGGUUUCCUACAGCCAGACCACAUACGGCAGCGGGGGUACGACCAACGUGGGCGGCAGCAACUACAGUGGACUGGAGGGCGGCCCGACCACGGAAGACGUCAACCUUCUGCCCGACCUCACAGCCGUCAAAACCCUCAGCACCACCACAUUCACCCUGGGUAUUCCGGGUUCGCGCUACGUCGUCAGCGUACGCAAUGUGGGGCGAACCAUCACGCACCAGAUCUACAACAAUACACAGGCCACCAGCCAGUCGGCGACGGUGAUUGUCGGAUCGCCUGUGCUGACAGACACCAUGCCGCCAGGCAUGUCCGUCACGGCAGUGGUCGCCAGCGACGUGAACUGGACCUGCAGUACCGGCCCAGGAAGCGCCAGCUUCACAUGCUCGGCAAGCAAUGCCGACUUCCCAUGGAACACCAAUACCAGCCUGGCAUCAGUCACGGCCUCGAUCACCGUGUCCUUCCCCGCCUGCCCCGGCCCGCAGGUCAACACCGCCAAUGUCACCACGACCACGCUGGGCGCUGGACCAGCGGCUGGACAUCACCGUCAGGCUGGCCGGCGGUACCCUGAUCGCAGACCUGACACUACAGGACAACCUCACCCUUGA